UGCCAAAGUUGAGUGCGCGUGUCACACACUUGAAUCUGGUGGUGUUUCGUCCCACUUUUGCAUUUGAUACUCUCUGCAGCAACUCGACAGCAAACAUAAUAAGGUGCGCGCUCUCUUCUGUCACAAGCAUCGUUUCCGGCGCCCUUGUUUUUGUGCUUCCUUGCGCGCUUCCUUCGCCUUUCGUUUUUGGACCAGGCCAACAAAGAACAAACAACAACAACAAUAUGACGCACUGGGAGGACUUUUACAACACACAUCUGCCGCCCGCCGACUUCGAGGAUAAUCGCUCGCUGCUAAAGGAGUUCUGCGAGCGCCACAAUAAACUACAGAACCGCAUUGUCCUCGUUACGUCGGGCGGCACCACAGUCCCAUUGGAGCAUAAUACGGUGCGCUUUGUGGAUAACUUUAGUGCCGGCACUCGCGGCUCGGCCAGCGCUGAGUAUUUUCUGGAUCAUGAUUAUGCCGUCAUUUUUAUGCAUCGCCACAAGUCACUGGAGCCAUUUACGCGCCACUUUACUGGUCAGCAGUUCUUCGAUAUGUUGGACAUUGCCGAUACUGCGGACAGCCAAAAUUCGACGAUAGCCAUCAAGCCGGACUCGGUGGAUGUGUUUGCCCCCGUGCUGGCCAAAUAUAAAAUUGCCCGCGAGACCCAAAUGAUACUCUACGUGAAUUUCACCAGCGUCGUCGACUACAUGUGGCUGCUGCGUGCCGCCUGUGAAUGCCUCGCUGCUUUUGAGGAGCGUGCCGUCUUAUAUUUGGCAGCGGCCGUCUCCGAUUUCUACAUACCCGAGGACAUGAUGCCAACACACAAAAUGCAAUCGGGAGAUGGGGCACCAACGAUUUCACUACAAUUGGUGCCAAAAAUGCUGGCACCACUCGCCAGUCUGUGGGUGCCGCACGCCUUUGUGGUAUCCUUUAAGCUCGAAACGGACGAGAAUCUAUUGAUUGUCAAGGCACGCGACAGCCUCAACAAAUACAAGCAUAAGCUGGUUAUUGCCAACGUGCUGCAGACACGCAAGCAUCGCGUUGUGUUUGUAACGCCAACAGAUUCCUAUGAGCUGCAUUUGAGUCGCGAUAAGGCGCUGCAGGGCCUGGAGAUAGAGGAGCCCAUUGUCGCUGAUGUGGUGCAAAAGCAUAGCGACUUCAUCAUCAGCGCCGAGCAGCGCCAAUGACCAAUGUCGAUGCGCCGCCGCCAGCAGCAGCAGCAGCAACUGCAGCAACAGCAGCAGCUACAACAACAGCAGCAGCAGCAGCAGCAACAACAGCAACAAUACCGUCAACUGGCAGCGACGACUGGCAACGAGGAGACCGCCGCCGCAACGGACUAUUGCGUGACCAGUUCGCAUUAUUGUCGCGUCCUCAAUCCGGGCACGCCAAGCUUUGGCCGCAAAUAUUGAGGAGCAGGUUAUAGCGCCAAGUCCAUUUGCAUAUUUCUUACCUAUAAGUUGUAGUUAUCUCUAUACUAUUUAUGGUUAAUAUCGUAUCUAUUUAUGGUCACGCCCCAGUUGGACGCCGCACCAUAAUUGAUGAUGAUGUUUGGUUGAAAGCAUGCUUUCUUCUUGUCGUUGUUGUAUUUUUAUAUUUUGUUUGUUGUUAAUGUAUAUUUGGUUUAUUCACUCUCAUUGUUGGCUCUUUUGAAAAAUGAUGUCACCCAUUUUAUUCAUA